AUAGAGUAUAGAGACCUCUAUAUCAUAUAUAUAAUAUAUAUCAUGCAUAUAGAGAGAGUGCAGAGACCUCUGUUUCACCUUAGGUUGUUUGCGUUCAGGCACCACAGACCUUGGUUGGACGAAUGCGCACUGCCGCUCGCCGCUCGCCGCGCCGCUCAGUCGCCUGCCUACCGCGCCGCGCGCCGUUGCCUACGGGUGUGGUGGUCUCAGAGUGUCCGGCCUCCGGUUUGCGACAUUUGAUGGCGUACGUUUGGCACAACUCAUGUGAAAAGCUGGCAAAUCUGGAAUAUUCUUCUCUUGAACUGAGUCUUCAGUAGGGGGCUGUUCCCGUGUGAGAGGCCAGUUGGAGACGAAGCCGUCAGGGAUGCUGUUCUGGUGCGGCCCAGUGUUGUUGUGAGGACGAGGAGGCCUUUGAGACGUUCGCCGUGUACUGCGGCCUGGCCCUGCACCACGCCAAGCUCUACGACAAGAUCCGGCGCUCGGAGCAGAAGUACCGCGUGGCGCUCGACGUGCUCAGCUACCACAACACGUGCCUGGACGACGAGGUGCAGGACAUGCUGGAAAAGGGCGUGCCCGACCACAUGCCCCUGGUCGACCAGUUCCAUUUCAACGUGUUCGAGAUCGACGACCUGGAGAAGGCGCGCCACGCCUUGUACAUGUUCAAGGACCUGUUCGGGCUGAGCCGCUUCGACGAGGACAGUCUGAUCCGCUUCGCGCUCACGGUGCGCAAGAACUACCGGAGGGUGCCGUACCACAACUGGACCCACGGCUUCUCCGUGGCCAACACCAUGUACGCCAUCAUCAAACACUACGGCGACGUGUUCAGAGAGAAGGAGGCCCUGGCGCUGUACAUCGGCUGCCUCAUUGUGAGAAGCAGGUGACUGACAACGCCUGCGGCGCGUCGGGUAGGCCCGCCCGCCAGGUGUCUGAGUGGAAUUGGUGGCCUACCCUCAGCGCCCGAGCGGCGAUACCCCGUACUCUAGCAAACGCCAACCUAUCUGGACCCACAUCCCUGCAACGAGACUACUCCGUGCAACCACGUGCAACACUGUUGUUUACAGAUAGAGUUCGUUUGACUUUUGGUUGUUUGUGACUUUGCGAAGGAAGACCGCCCAAUAGUUGCAUCUGUGCUUGACAUCAGCUAAACAUCCGUUAGCUAUCACCCAAUACAUGCUGAGUUAGUGUCACAGCACACAGCAUGAGAAUGGCCCCCUUUCCUCAUGAUCACAGGAAUGAUUCUGGUAAGUUUAUUUGACUUUUUAUGUAACAUUUACUUAAAUAUCAAUACAUUAUGGUAGAGUCAAGUUUGGUCAAAGUUUAUUUAGGUAUUAAAUACCUUAGGUGGCCACACAACCUGGAAGUCAGGGAAACGUCAGGGAAAAAAAUAUUGGUCAGUGAAGUCAGGCAAAAGUCAGGGAAAUUGAAUGUUGGUCAGGGAAAAUGACUGAAUCUUGCCCCAAAUUGUUGUUUUCAAACUUUCGGUGGCAUUUUCAAUUUUUUGGUAGGCAAAAUACAUUUCAAAUUCAGGGAAUUUGCGUAUAAAGUCAGGUAAUUUGAAAACUCCGAUUGCGUGGCCACCCUGUGAUUUGUUUCUCUUUGAGGGGUUACGGCCUAUUACUUGAUCCUACAAUAUGUGGUCGUGUUAAUUUUAGUGGACAGGAAGUAGAGGCAAAUCAUCAGAGUCUCACUUAGAGAAAUGCUGCUAUUUAUUUCCACUUUCAUAUAUUGAUUGUGUAUCAGGCUUUGAGUAAGUCAAGAGAAUAUGAAGAUACCUCAGUCUAAUCUAUUUCAGUCUAUUUCAGCGUUAAGUUAUUUGCAUUGACCAUUCAAGUUGUCAUUUCUAAAUUGUCUUCUAAAUUAAAUUGCCAUUUCUUUAUUGCUUUUAUGCUUACUCCAUGUAUGUAGUUGUGUGUUGAUUUUAGUGGAGGGACACAGUUUUACCUUAUUUAUUUUCAUGAAAUCUUACAAAUAUUAAUUAUGAUGUGUUUAGGUUCAUAAAUCCUCAUUGACUUAACACUUUUUUUUAAGACAGGCAGAAAUAUUCCAGCUCCUGCCAACUGAAUGCUCUUUUUCUCUUUAGUUCUUUAAUAAUUGAUAGAAAUGUAAAGUAAAUAAUAUGGAAACAGAGUGAAAAGUGCAUGAAUAUCUAUCUAUUCCACCAGUGAACGUUUGACGUUGAGUUGACAUUGUU